AACACCAAAUGGCAUGCCAAUUUUAAAAAAUAAUAAAAGAAAAUUAAAAAAAAAAUAAAAUAAAAUAAAAGGAGCGAGGCUGAGUCAUCGUGACUCGCGAGUCCCACGGUGGUUAUUGAGGAUUUGAGAAGGUCUCGUCUCUGCCGUCCUUGGCUUGCCUGGUGCAAAGUCCGGUGGUCGGUUUAGAGCUGCCGGCCGAGGCUGCACGUUGGUUUGACAACAUCAACUGCUGCUGAAAAAAGAACCCACUAUUACCAUCUUCAGUUUCCAUUAAUCGUUGAAUCUUUCUUCCAUUUCAGCUUCAGGUUGAUGCAUUUUCAAUCGGGUCCGAUCCAAUACCCACUAAAAAAAAAUUCCUUUUUUGACUGAUGCCCAAAUUCCUAACCCGUUAUUCAAAGCUCCUCGGCAAGCUCAGCUUCGCUGCAAGCCUAGGCAAGUUGUCAACUCCUUCACUUUACUCUCACUUUUCAGUUCAUGCUGUUCCAUCAGAAACGCCAAAUCCCGAAACGCAGCACCACUCUGAUGCUGAAACUGAAUCCCCGUUAUCACAGGAGAUCUUUAGGACAAGUCCCAAAUUGGGUUCCUAUAAAGUGGGAGAUUCCACAUUUUAUUCACUCAUUGAGAAUUAUGCCAAUUUGGGGGAUUUUGGGUCAUUAGAGAAAGUUUUGAUUAGAAUGAGACGCGAAAGACGAGUCUUCAAAGAGAAGAGUUUCAUUUUGAUAUUUAGAGCUUAUGGAAAAGCUCAUUUAGCUGAUAAAGCUGUGGAAUUGUUUGAAAGAAUGGUGAAUGACUUCCAAUGUAAACGAACCGUUAAGUCAUUUAAUUCGGUUCUUAAUGUUCUUAUACAAGACUGUCACUUUUCUCGCGCCUUGGAGUUUUAUUCUCAUGUUGUUAGUGCUAAGUACAUGAAUAUUUUACCGAAUGUGCUUAGUUUUAAUUUGAUUAUCAAAGCUAUGUGUAAGUUGGGAUUGGUUGAUGGAGCCAUCGAAGUGUUUAGAGAAAUGCCACUCAAAGAAUGCACUCCCGAUGUGUUUACGUAUUGUACGUUGAUGGAUGGUUUAUGUAAGGAGAAUAGAAUUGAUGAAGCAGUUUCUUUGUUAGAUGAGAUGCAAAUUGAAGGAUGCUUCCCCAGCCCAGUGACUUUUAAUGUGUUGAUUAAUGCCGUGUGCAAGAAGGGUGACCUAGCACGGGCUGCAAAGCUUCUUGAUAACAUGUUUCUCAAAGGCUGUGUUCCGAAUGAAGUGACUUAUAACACCCUUAUCUAUGGUUUGUGUCUGAAAGGUAAGUUGGACAAGGCUGUUAGUCUUCUGGAUCGAAUGGUAAGAAGUAAGUGCGUUCCUAAUAAUAUCACUUAUGGAACGCUCAUAAAUGGACUUGUUAAGCAAGGAAGAUCUGUUGAUGGGGCUCAUGUGUUGAUUUCGAUGGAGGAAAGAGGGAUUCAAGCGAAUGAGUAUGUUUAUUCUGCCCUUAUUAGUGGAUUGUUUAAGGAAGGGAAGUAUGAAGAGGCAACGAGAUUCUGGAACCAGAUGAAGGAAAAGGGAUGUAAACCCAAUGCUGUUGUAUAUGGUGCCCUCAUAGAUGGUCUUUGUCGAGAAGGAAACCCAGAUAAAGCAGAGGAUGUUCUCGCUGAAAUGGAAAGUUUUGGUUUUGAGCCCAAUGCUUUCGCUUAUAGCUCCUUAAUGAAGGGUUUCUUCCAGAAAGGUGAUAGCCAUAAAGCUAUUCUUUUGUGGAAAAAGAUGGAGAAUAAAAACGCCAUGUGUAACAAAUUUUGUUAUAGUGUACUCAUUCACGGGUUAUGUGGGGAGGGGAAAAUCAGAGAGGCUUUGAUGGUAUGGAAACACAUGUUUGGCAGAGGAUUUAAACCUGAUGUUGUGGCUUACAGUUCACUGAUUCAUGGACUUUGCAACGUUGGCUCACUGGAGGAGGGUUUUAAGCUUUUCAAUGAAAUGCUUUGUCAGGAGCCUGAAUCUCAACCAGAUGUGAUCACUUAUAACAUACUUCUGAAUGCUAUUUGCAAGCAGAGUAGCAUUUCCCGGGCCAUUCAUCUUUUGAACAAUAUGCUGGAUCAAGGUUGCGAUCCUGACUUAGAUACAUGUGAGAUCUUUUUGAGAACUUUGAGAGAAAGGAUCAACCCUCCUCAAGAUGGGAGGGACUUCCUAGAUGAGCUUGUUGUCCGACUCUUUAAGCGGCAAAGGAAUAUAAGUGCUUCCAGGAUUGUAGAACUGAUGUUGCAAAAGUGUCUACCUCCACAGGCCUCUACAUGGGCAAGAAUUGUCACAGAACUUUGUAGACCUACGAAGGUUCGAGCAGCCAUCGACAGGUGUUGGAGCAACCUCCAUUGCUAAAUGUUAUAAUCAAUUUGAAGUGCAGAUAUGUUAUUUUGAAAGGUUGACAAGGACACUGAUUGAAAGUACAAUAUACCAAUUAAAGUUUUCAAAUGCUGUUUUCUACAACUCAGCAUCUGUAAUUGGACAUCAAUGGUCAAGAGCAAACCAUAGUGCAAUCAUGUGCCCCUUGCAUGAUGACUGAUAUACUGUGCCUGCACGAGUGCCCCAACAACAAAAAUCCUGGUCAUCCUUUAGAACCAAGGGCUACCAGGUACCCCAUUUCAUGCCCACUCUAAGAUGCUUCAGAGUAACAGGUGCCAUUGAAGAAAAUAUAAAAGAACAUCUCCCAAUUUUAUCUUCAACUCUGCAAGAAGUCCGGUUACUGGGACUUCUGCUAAUCCAUGCAACAAACACAGCAUUGUGAAGAGAGCAGAAGUAAAAUAGGAUGGAGGAGAUGAUUGCUUGCGUAGUAUGGUCAUGGGCUUCUUGGCCUGUGAGUACAAAUAUGCCAGCACCAAUGAUCGAGCCAAACCAUUCCGGUUGACGCAAAGUUGUGUACCUUUUUUCUCGAAUCAUUUUCAAUGUUGCCCUAUCUUAUCGGUUAUAUUAUAAUACUUUGAAUGGAUAGCAUAUUUGCAAUAGGGCUGAUCGAUAUGGUCUCCAAUUUUCAAAUGAUUUUUCUCGUUGAUCUUGUUCUAUCCAUCUUCAAUAAUUUAUUGAUUGAACCUUGUUAUCCAGUUCUCCUGUGGAGCCCAUUAAUAUAUUCUCUAAUUUAUUUAUAUA